AUGGCUGACGCUCAGAUUCUGGCCAUGUGGGACCAGGCGGCCAAGAAAUAUGAAGAAGUCACAAAAAUGAAGCUGACGGACCUACCCAGGCCAACAUCCGUUGAGGACCUGAUUAGCCGCGCUGACGAAAGCAUCAAGCAUUGUGAAGAGUUUCGAGCUCGAGCAGGGACCUUCUUCAAAGUUCUCAGAAACGUCGGGAACGCCGUAGAGACGGUAAGCAAGAUCGUCGCCGGCGUCGCUCAAGCCGCGUUUCCUGCCAGUCCCACGGUUUUUGGCGCUGUGCUCUACCUCAUCGAUGCUGCCAAAGGCGUCUCGAAAUAUCUAGAUGCGAUCGUAGACCUUCUCGUAAUUCUGCAAGACUUCGUUGUGAGAUUGAAGAUAUAUAGCAUGGUGGAAAUAUCAGCAGAAUUGCGAACGAAACUGACGGAGAUUCUGGCAUCGAUUAUUGAAAUCCUGGCAAAGUCAACAAAGAAUGUCAAAGAUCCUGCUUUUAGGGCGAGGGCUUUCCUCAAGAAUGUGUUUACUGGCAACGAUACCGACAUGAAAGAGCUUUUGGCUCGAAUGGAAAAGCUGACAAACAGUGAGGGUCUUUUAGUACAGGCUCAGACUCUGACAGAAGCCAAGUCCACUGGCCAGACCGUCCAGACUUUGCAACAGUCUCUGGACGACUUACAGCUCAAUCUAAGCGAGGUACACAAGGCUGUUCCGUCAGAUGUCUUGAACAUCAAGAAUGCGUUGGAAGUAUCCAGAGCGGAGGCUCUCGAAGAAAAGGAACGAAAUGCUAAGAAGUUGCUCACGAAACUUCUCGCUCCAACCGGCGCAGGGCCGGCUAGAUUCGACGAGAUUAAACGGGAACGCUUUCGACAUAAUGUGGACUCGGGAGCUUGGAUCCUUGAAGAGCCGAAUUACCUUGCCUGGGUGUAUGGUGACAGUCAACCAUUGCUUUGGAUCUCUGGCCCUUCUGGAAGUGGCAAGAGCUUUCUGACGUACAACAUAAUCACUUCACUUACCGCGCAGACAUUGCAAUCGGACGGAACCAAACCGCCGGUGGGUUACUUCUUUUUCGGCGACAACAAUCACGAAUCGUUUAGACAUGCCUUGCGCGAGGUCGCAUAUCAAAUCAGCCAGCGCGACCGUGAAUACAGUAAGCAUCUCGACGAAAGCAUAAUCAGCGAAUCGCAAAUGAUGUCAGUCUCGCUGGCAUGGCAUAACCUUUUUGCCACUUAUUGGCUUCAUGGACAAGACUGUAAACCGGCAUACAUCAUCUUUGAUGGCCUCGACGAAGCAUCGUCUCAAGAACGAAGAGAGUUUCUUGAGGUCCUUGAUUAUGCAAAGGAAUCGGACUCUCGCUCAAAACUACGCAUUGUUAUGCUUGGCCGGCCGCAUAUAAUCAACAACAUGACGCUAGCAAACAUCGAGGGGCCACCUACGAUUCAUGUGGACUCGACCAAAAAUGGCGACGAUAUCAAAUCAUAUGUGCGCUCGAGCAUUACAAAAUCAAAAGCGCUAAAGAGGGUCAGGGAAUCUUUGAAACAAAAAAUCGUCGACACAUUGACGCUCAAAGCUGGAGGCAUGUUCAUGUGGGUUCGGCUCAUGGUGGAAGAGCUCAACAAGGCUGCCCUCCGUGGUCGCGAAUUUCAGAUUGAGAAGGCUUUGAGCGAGGCCCCAAGAGAUCUUACAAGGAUGAUCGAACGCGUCUUAGAGGGUUUCGCAGACAGCUUGGAGGCCGAAGACACAGAAGAUCUCAAUGACUUAUUGACAUGGGUCGCACUAGCUACUCGCCCCUUGUACCUCGGAGAGCUGGACGCUGCAUUGAGGCUCAAGUCGGAAGAUGGAGAAGGCGUAACAGAUCUGGAAGAAAAGCUGCGCAAGGUUUAUUCGGGAUUUUUCACGCUCACCCGGGAAGAUGGUCUUUCAACAUCGGAUUUGGUUGAACAGAAGCGAUUUGGCGAUUUUGAGGAGGGCGAAUAUCCGGGGAUGACCAGGGAUGGGCAAGACAACUUCGAUGCUCCGCUCGAUUUUCAGUCAGAUCCGAGAACAACGACUGUAUCUUUCUCCCAUGCUUCGAUCUCGGAGUUUUUCGCGGACCCAAGUCGCGGCAAAAUAGCUGGUCAAGAUAGCCAGGGUCUUUCUAUCGGAUUCGAGCAGGUCCAGGCCCAAGCCUUGAUUGCAGAUACGUGUUUACAAAUAAUUGGAGAUGCGAACUUUCGGGACCGCAUGACAAUUAGGGGCGGUGCUAUCAGCCUUCUCGAUUAUGUUCGCUCCUCUUGGUACAACCAUCUGCAGGCCGUCGAUCAUGACAGUAUCGAUCCUGCAAUUCGCCUAUCCAUUAGCUCGAAGCUUGCGAAUAUGUUUCACAAAGAGGACAUCAUAUCCAACUGGGCCUGCUAUUGGGACUUUUCGCUUUUCACUGCUGAGCGUGGAACAACGAUAUUAGUCUGGCUUGGCAGUCUUGCUCCAAAUAACAACUCGAGUCCUGACGGCGACGAGAACAUAUGCUCAUCUCUCGUCGAGGAUCCUCUAGACUUGUUUUCUCCUGCAAUGCAAUGGUUGGUCAGGUUGUGGGUCGGCCCAGCGCUUGCCAAUGUAAAGCCUAGUAUGUAUGGGUUGCCCAUCAUCAUCCAUAGCUGGCUGGAGCGGAAAGCCGGCAAGUCAGUGGAGAAGUUGCCAUGUCUCGGGGCAGACGAUAUCAUCGCUGCAGCAAGCUUUGCAGCUCCAGAAAAAACACCCGAGUAUCACCGAAACAUUGCCCGCAGUCUGCGCGAGCACAAACUCUACAAAGAAGCCAAGAAGAUCUAUGAGAUGACUCUCUCUCAAGACAAGACCGAUGUACUCGCGAUGGGGGGCCUCGCACGGACACAUUUCGAGCUAAAGGAGUAUGCUGAGACAAUCCGCGUG